AACAAUCGCUCGUCUUCUGGGCAUCAUGAUGGUGGCUGCACAAUCAGAGAAGACGCGCAUGCAUAUGCUCUUAGUUGUACAAAAGCACACAUCCUGGACGGAGUUUCGUGGAACAGGUUGAACUCCAGCUACUUCGCCAUGCCCUUCGUCACUCUCGCCGAGGCGAAAUCAGUGAAGCUCGACUACAUAAUAGUUGGAGGUGGAACAUCGGGUUUAACACUCGCUGCGCGACUUACGGAAAUUCCGAGUAUCUCCGUGCUUGUCAUUGAAGCGGGAAGUUACCAUGAACCUGCACCAGAAAUCGACAUCCCAGGAAUGGUGGGUCGGACAAUCGCGAAUCCCAAAUACGAUUGGACCUUCCUUUCUGUCCCUCAGAAGCAUGCGAACAACCGGGUGAUUCUGCACCCUCGCGGCAAAGGUCUUGGUGGAUCCUCAUUGAUUCAUUUCAAUUCCAGUUGUAGACCAUCGAAGGCAGAAUUCGAUGCUGUGGAAGGUUUAGGGAAUGAAGGAUGGGGUUGGGCAAGUAUGCUAAACUACAUGAAGAAGAGCGAGACUACUGUACCCCCUACAGGACUUACAGAUGAGCAAGCUAAGGUUUAUGCUGUUGCUCCAGUUCCUAACGCGCAUGGAUCUGAAGGACCCGUGUUCAAAUCAAUGCGAACUUUAUGGACUAAUGCUCACGCGAAGUUUUUUGACGCUGCCGAGUCGCUUGGUAUACCGCGUAACCCUGAAAGUGGAAACGGCGUUAAUGUCGGCUGCCUGUCUCCAUUUUCUUCUGUUGAUCCUCGAACAGCCACUCGCUCAUCUGCAGUUACGGCUUACCUGAACCCGAACAUUGGACGCAAUAACCUAUAUGUGCUCACAGAUACUCAAGUCGUGAAGAUUAUCCUCGCGGAAGAUGAUCAAUCGCUUCAAAAGGCAGCAGGAGUUGAUGUCAUGCAAGGCGGCGUUUUGUCGCGGAUUGAUGGAGUGCACCGAGAUAUAAUCAUUUCAGCUGGAUCUAUUCAAACUCCUCACAUCCUUGAGCUUUCCGGAAUCGGAAACCCCGAGAUUUUGCGUCGGAACAACAUCCGCGAUAUUAUUGAUUUACCUGGAGUUGGCGAAAACUUGCAGGACCACAUAUCCGUAUUUUCGGUUGCGGAAAUCGACAGUUCUGAAGACACAUUCGACGUAGUGUUUGAUCCUGUGGAACUAAAGAAACAUGAGACGUUGUAUAAGGAGCAGCGCGGCCACUUAUCAUACGGCCCAGCAGCAGCGUUUUUAUUUGCCUCCGCAAAACAGCUCGGAGCCUCGGAUACCAUUAAUUCAUGGGAAGACCAUGCCCGUGCAAAGUAUACGGACAGCCUUGCGAAAGCUGUUCCGUCGUUGAGAACCGGAUUGGAGAAACAGUACAAGUUUCAAGAGAAGUUUAUCUCUGAUAGUAACCAGGCGCAGGCCGAGAUUCUGCAAUUCAUCGCGCAUCCCAUGGUGCCGAACUCUGUCGCCGUUCCGGGAAAGCGAUACACGGCGCUGCUGUCCGUUUUGAUGCAUCCGCUUUCGCGUGGAUCGGUCCACGUCACUUCAUCGGACCCUUUGACGCCACCUGCUAUUGAUCCAAACUAUCUAUCUAAUGAAGCCGAUCUCGAUAUGCUAACCCACAUAGUGAAAUACGUACAGGGAUUGUUUAAAACAAAACCGCUCAGUGACCUCGUCAAAUCUCAGAUUUUACCUCCACGUGACGUACUGGAGGAUGACACGAAGCUGCGCGAGUAUAUCAAGGAUCAGUGCACAACGGUUUUCCAUCCUCUUGGAACUUCCUCGAUGCUCCCUCGGGAGGAUGGCGGCGUUGUUGACAAGAACCUGAGGGUAUACGGAACUGGUAACCUUCGUGUCGUUGACCUCUCUGUCAUUCCCCUGGAACUAUCAUGCCAUACCCAGUCCGUAGCAUAUGCUAUAGGAGAGAAGGCAGCGGACAUGAUUAAAUCGGAAAGUCAUGGAGUAUAGGUGUCCACGCCAUUUCAUCAAGAAGUUUAUAGCAGGAAAUAUUUGUAUAUUUAUAGAAUUGACAGACUUGCCCUUGAAUUAUGUGUACCAAAAAAAUAUGAUUGAUACAGGAAAUGCUGUAUUAUUCUG